GACUUCAUUCUUUCAUUCUUUCCAUUCAGAUUACGAUGCAGAACUGAAUAGGAGAAUGACAAGACAACAUAGCCUCCAACAGCACACCGGUCGUAAUUACUCAUGAUAAAUAUGUAUAUAAUGUAUGAAGAGCUGAAGACAGAGUUCUUCUUUUCUCUCAUGUUAGAUUUUCUGGAGUAUAUCAAGAUGAGACUUUUACCUUCUUUAUUUGCGGUUUUGUGUUUUUGGGGUGAGGGAAGUGAGGUUGCAGCUAUUUCGGGUGAUACUUUUACCUCACCCUCUUUCCAAAACUGGACUCACGCCCACCACCUCGCUCUCACCUUCGUCAACCAAUUGAACAUCACCGAAAAGUCAAACAUAGUAACAGGCACCUACCACACCUCUACUCUCGACGGCAAACCCAUGAAUUGUAUCGGCAACAUUGGCCCCAUACCGCGUCUCAAUUUCACAGGAAUUUGUUUGAACGAUGGACCCGCCGCUGUUGCUCGUCAGGAUCUAAUCAGUGUUUUCCCUUCUGGUGUCACUUUAGCUGCAACAUGGGAUCGUGAGUUGGUAUACCAGAGUUACAAGGCGCUGGGGGAGGAAUUCAGAGGGAAGGGUACGCAUGUUGCUUUGGGACCAGUAGCAGGACCCCUCGGUCGUCAUCCCCUCGGAGGUCGCAAUUGGGAAGGAUUUUCCCCUGAUCCCUAUCUCACCGGCCAUCUAAUGACUGCUUCCAUAACCGGCAUGCAAAGUGUCGGUGUUCAAACCUCCUCGAAACAUUUCAUCGGCAACGAACAAGAAACCCAACGAUCCAACUCCCCACUUCCAGACGGGACAAACAUCGAUGCUAUUUCUUCCAACAUCGACGAUCGAACGCUUCAUGAAUUAUACCUCUGGCCCUUUGCAGAUGCAGUACGUGCUGGGACGACUUCAAUAUUGUGUAGCUAUAACCGCAUUAAUGAAACAUACGCGUGCGAAAAUCCGCAUCUACUCAACAAUAUUCUUAAAGGCGAAUUGGGAUUCCAAGGCUACGUCGUCUCGGAUUGGUUCGCCACACACUCCGGAUAUCCAGCCGCAAACGCCGGUCUCGAUAUGGAUAUGCCCGGCUACAUUUCCCAAAGCGCCAUCAACACCGGCGAAACGUAUUUCGGUCCUCAUCUCAUCUCUGCCAUACAAGCGGGUAACAUGACGGAAGACAGAUUAGACGAUAUGGUUACCCGAAUCAUGACAUCUUAUUUCCUCCUCAAUCAAUCCAGCAAUUAUCCCACUCCCGAUCCGAGCCAAACGUACGUAAUGGCAAAUAUGUACGGCUAUGAUUACGGCGCUCAGAUUCCCGCCCGCGACGUCCGCGCUAACCACUCCUCUCUCAUCCGACAAAUCGGCUCUGCAGGAACCGUCCUCUUGAAAAAUACAAACAACAUCCUCCCACUAUCCAAACCUCUAAACAUAGGCGUCUUUGGCAAUUCCGCUCCCGACCCCACCGACGGUCUUACCUGGCCGCAAUCAGACCUCCAAACCGGCUUCGACAUCGGCACCCUCGAUAUCGGCGGUGGUUCCGGCUCCGCUCGUCACACUACCCUUAUCUCCCCCCUUACCGCUCUCCGUACCCGCGCCGCUACAUACGGCGCACGCGUCCAAUAUCUCACCAACAACGCACUCCUCUCCUCCUCCUCCUCCUCCUCCUUCGCUGGUAUCUACCCCAUCCCCGAAAUCUGUCUCGUGUUCCUCAAAACCUUCUCCUCCGAAGGUGUAGACCGCACUUCCUAUCCUCUCGACUGGAACUCCACCCUCGUCGUAAACAACGUCGCAUCUUUCUGCCAAGGCAAUACAAUCGUCAUUACCCAUUCAUCCGGAAUCAACACUCUCCCCUUCGCUCAAAACCCCAACGUCUCCGCCAUCCUCCUCGCACACUACCCCGGCCAAGAAUCCGGAAACUCCAUAGUUGACGUCCUCUUCGGCGACGUCAACCCCUCCGGAAAACUCCCCUACACAAUCCCCGUCCACGAAUCCGACAUGCACAUCCCCGUUGUGAAUCUCAGCACCUCAGAAGUGCUAGCCCACCACCAGAGCCAAAACGCCUGGCAAAGCAAUUUCACCGAAAAAUUAGCAAUCGAUUACCGCGGCUUCGAAAUGAAAAAUGUAACACCCCUCUACGAAUUCGGACACGGAUUAAGUUACACGACAUUUAAUCUCACCACGCCAACCCCCUCCAUCAAACACGUCACAACCCAACCCAUCACCGCACGACCCAACCCCUUAUCCCCCAUCCUCCCAGGCGGAAACGCAGAUCUAUAUACCCCUCUCUUCACUCUCACAACGCGCGUCAAAAACACAGGGACGCGAACCGGCGCCACAAUUCUCCAACUCUACAUAUCUCUCCCGGAAACAAGCACACCCGAAGGAACACCGAAGAAAGUUCUGCGCGGCUUUGAAAAGGUGGAGAUGAGGGGAGGGGAGGAGCGAGAUGUGGAAUUCGUGCUGCAGAGACGAGAUGUGAGUUAUUGGGACACGGUAUUGGGGGAUUGGGUUGUGCCCGAGGGGGACAUAGGGGUUAUGGUGGGUUUUAGCGUGCAGGAUUUGAGAGCGAGGGUGGGGGUUGUGGUUAGAUAGGAUGGAGAGAAGAAAUGUGGGGGAUUGGGGGCGGGGGUGAGGAGAGAAUGGAGAAAUGAAUGAGGGAGGGAUUGAUGUGUAAUUGGAUGUAAAUUUUCUCCUGUAGAUCGUAAAUCAUAGGACAUGUAUUUUGAGAUUGCAUUCAAUGUAUCCUAAAAACUCACCUAUUGUUAAAAUCCGUAAUGAUCUCAAACAUACAUCUUCCCUCAUAACUUCAACGCUCAUAAUCAACCCACUCACUGUUAUCCUGUUAAUACAAUUUCACAAUCCAAACACCCAGUCCCAAUAUUCUCACUUUACAAGCCCCCAUCCAGCCCAUAGAUAAUAAAAAGAUAAAAAUAUCUCCCAAAACGCCAAAGUACACGCAUAAAUCCAGAGAAAUCCAUCAACAAAUAUAGUAAGCAGGUACCA